CAUCUGAUGUAUGGCGCACAACAGCAGGGUACCGAUGAUGACGUAAAAUUUGCAAAGCACCAGUGGACACAAUUAACGUUCGGAUUCAGACAGAAUGAAAUACCUUCAAAAGAUGCAUCAGAAGCUGAUCGAGAUGAUUAUACGCAACAGUCUUCUGUAUCGGAAAGUUCCAGUACUCUUGGACCUAUAGCAAAAAUGCGCGUAGCACAGGAUAGCGACGUGGAAACUGGUAUUCCAGUGGUAAUGUACGAUCUGAAAACAACGCUGAUCCGGAUCAGUGCAUAUGUCCUCACCAAUGAUUCAUUGACCAACGAAGAUAAGAAAGGCUUGCUGAAGUUCAUCUACCAGAUAGUCUUGUAUGCGUCAAUUGUUCGUACCGCAGUUAUCGCUGUUUUUCAUCUAUCUCCCGAACAGUUGCCUGAAACGAAAAAUCUUCAACUGAGUAGCGAGGUGUUUACAUUUGCUACUGCAAAUGUCGUCGAAAGACUUUUUUCUUCAAGGCCAUAUCAGAAGCCAGAAGAUAUUUUGUGCUCUGGAAAGACGGAAGUGGAUUUUGAAAAAGCUUUCCGAUACAGCUGCACAGACCUGGCUCGUUUCACUGCACAGUUUUGGCAUGAAUGUGGCAUGAUAGUUUUUGAUGAGACCUAUCUUAUCGGACACGCAACAUUUGAAGAAACUCAUAAGUUGCUCACAGGUGAUGAUGAACUAUCUGUUGCGUUCCUGCCAGCGGCACAUGUUGAAAAAUGGGUUGAUGAAUUAUUCGGCAAAAUAACGACAACCUCUUUUGUUGGGAUUUUACGAUCAGAACCACUCGGAUAUCGUCGCUUUACACUGCUGGAAUUGCCGCAUAGUUAUGACGAUCUCUUUGCACUGUACUUCGGUCGUGAUUGCUUUAUGUGCUGUCAGGUGCCACGUAUGCCAUUCAUAUGUUUACUUUGUGCAGUUCUGUGCUGUCUGGAUAACUGUUGUGCGAUGGUCGUUAGGGGUGAAACUGCAGACAAUGAGGUCGAACGGAUUUUACGAUCAGAACCACUCGGAUAUCGUCGCUUUACACUGCUGGAAUUGCCGCAUAGUUAUGACGAUCUCUUUGCACUGUACUUCGGUCGUGAUUGCUUUAUGUGCUGUCAGGUGCCACGUAUGCCAUUCAUAUGUCUACUUUGUGCGGUUCUGUGCUGUCUGGAUAACUGUUGUGCAAUGGUCGUUAGGGGUGAAACUGCAGACAAUGAAGUCGAACGGCACACUAUGGAAUGCGGCGGCGGUAUUGGAUGUUUUCUGUCGUUGACUACCUCACUUAUAGUGAUUGUAUGCAAUCAUAAAGCUGCAUUCUGGGGCUCUGUAUAUUUGGAUUCACACGGAGAGGAGGAUCGAAAUUUGAGACGUGGAAAACCGCUAUUUCUGUCAGAACGUCGACUUGCACGACUUCGAUCAGACUGGGUAAUGCAGUCGUUCGACCAGCUAAAUCUCAAAUUUUUCAGCUUCGAAAAUCUCAUUACUAAUCUUCGUGAUUCACACUAUAUUCUUUUUUAA